UUAUACCGAAUUUUUUAAAAAUAGAAAUGCCACCCUUUCCAGUCGUGUUCUAGUCUAGUCCAAGUUCCAACGCUCUGUUCCUAGUAGAGCUGGUUUCUUCUCUGCUACCUCUACAACUACAACCAAGCUUGCUUCUGUAAAUGUGAGGUUUAGGCUACAACACCUCCGAUUAUGUUCAAUGAUACAUCGUCGUUUAUGUCACUUUCGGUCUCUCUCCACUCUCUCUGUACCAACUUCACUAACCCAUCUCUUGCAAUGCAACAAAGAUAUCCACAAGCUCUCUCUACUCGGCCGAGUAACAGAGGCACGCCAGAUGUUCGACAUAAUGCCUCGAAGAGACUCGGGCUCUUGGAACUCUAUGAUUUCAGGGUACAUCCAAAACGGGCUUUUGAACAAAGCCCAAGAGCUCUUUGAUUCAUUCCAAGGCAAAAAUGUGAGAACUUGGACCAUUUUGCUAUCUGGAUAUGCGAGACAUGGGCGUGCACAUGAAGCUAGAGCGGUGUUUGAGUCAAUGCCUGAGCGUAAUGUAGUUUCUUGGAACGCUAUGAUUACUGCUUAUGCGCAAAAUGGUUUGUUAAGAAGUGCUAGGGAUGUUUUUGAUCAAAUGCCUGAGAGAAAUACAGUGUCGUGGAAUUCAAUGAUUACCGGGUACUGUCAUUGUGGUAUGAUGGGUGAAGCUCGUGAGCUUUUUGAUCAAAUGGAGGAGAGGAAUAUCGCCUCUUGGAUGGUUAUGGUUUCUGGGUAUGUUGAGAUAGGUGAGUGUUGCGAUGCUUGGAUGGUCUUUUUGAUGAUGUUGAGGAGCAGCGUGCGGCCAGACCAGGCCAUAUUAGUUGCUGCAUUAUUAGCAGUGAUGGGGUUCAAUAAAUUGGAGUUGAUUGAGAGUUUGAGGGUAAUGGCUUUGAAGACAGGGUAUGAGAGCAAUGUUGUUGUGGGCACGGCGUUUUUGAAUGCUUACAUAGCAAAUGGGAGUUUGGAAUAUGGGAUGAAACUUUUCGAGAGAAUGCCAGAAAGGAAUGAUUAUUCGUGGUCAACAAUGAUUGCAGCAUUUUCACAAGGUGGUAGAUUGGAUGAUGCCAUUGCAUUGUAUGAGAGAGACACUGAAAAAGGUGUCGGUACACAGACGGCAAUGGUAACUGCCUAUGCUCAGAAUGGGAGGAUUCACGAAGCAAGACUUAUAUUUGAUGAGAUUGCCAACCCUACUGUGGUCACAUGGAAUGCCAUGGUUGCUGGGUAUGCCCAGAAUGGAAUGCUUGAAGAAGCAAAAGAUAUUUUUUACAAAACUCCUGUACCAAAUGCUGCUUCAUGGGCAGCCAUGAUUUCUGGGUUUAUCCAGAACGGACAAAGCAGAGAAGCUCUGGAGGUCUUUGCUGAGCUUCAUAGUUCAGGAAUUGUUCCAAAUCAUUCAAAUUUCACCAGUGCUCUCUUUGCGUGUGCAAACAUUGAAGACGUUGAGAUGGGUAGACAGAUACACUGUUUUGUUAUUAAAACAAGGAACCAAUUUAAUUCAUUCGUUGGAAAUGGGUUGAUAUCCAUGUAUGCAAAGUGCAAAAGAACAGAUGUAUCACAAGCUUGUAGGAUAAAGGGAGUGGGAGACUCCGUAUCUUGGCUUUCAGAGAGUCACACAUUGGAUGAUGCUCGAAAAACUUUUGAACAAAUGCCAAGACGGGAUGUGGUGUCAUGGUCUGCUAUUAUAUCAGCUUAUGAACAAGCUGGGCAAAGAGAUACUGCCUUCACAUUGUUCUUUGAAAUGUUAUGGAGAGGAUUGAAACCAAACGAAUCAACCAUAACCAGCCUCCUCAGUGCUUGUGGGUACCUGGGCGCGACCAAGCUUGGGGAACAAAUUCAUGCCUUGAUACACAAACUUGGACUGGAUACAUGUUUGUUUGUGUGCAAUGCUUUGAUAACAAUGUACUUCAAGUGUGGAAUUCUAGAUGGCCUUGGUAUCUUUCUAGAGAUGCCUGAUCGAGAUAUUGUCACUUGGAAUGCUGUUUUGACCGGCUGUGCUCAAAACGGAUUAGGGAAAGAAGCUGUUGAAGUUUUCAAACAAAUGGAAACCACUGGGAUUUCUCCUAAUGAAACUAGUUUUCUGGCACUUCUAUGCGCUUGUAGCCAUGCUGGGUUAGUAGAUGAAGGAUGGGCCUAUUUCAAUUCCAUGAGCCAACAUCAUGGGAUUACACCGUCUGUUUAUCACUAUACCUGUAUGGUUGAUCUCCUUGGGAGGGCUGGAUGGCUUUCUGAAGCUGAAGAUCUCAUUCGGUGCAUGCCAGUAAAACCAGAUUCUGUCAUUUGGGAAGCACUUCUUGGUGCCUGUAGGAUCCAUCGUAACACUGAACUUGGCCAGAGAGUGGCUGAAAGGCUUUUCCAAAUGGGAACAAAGAGAUCCGGAACUUAUGUCUUAUUAUCAAAUAUGUAUGCAUCUAGAGGUAUGUGGGGGAAAGUGAGAGAAAUAAGGGAAAUGAUGACCGAUAGGGGAGUGACCAAAGAACCUGGAAUCAGCUGGAUUCAGAUCAAGAAUAAGGUUCACUAUUUUCUAAUGGGGGAGAAGGCACAUGAUGAGAUUAAAGAGAUUAACAUGGCAGUAAAUGAGUUGUACAGAUGCUUCAGAGCAACAGGUUAUGUGCCCGACACUAAUUUUGUUCUUCAUGAUGUGGCAGAGGAGCAAAAAGAGGAUGACCUUCUCUACCACAGUGAGAAACUUGCUGUUGCCUAUGGAAUCUUGCAGACACCAAAUGGGGCUCCAAUUCAGAUUUUGAAGAACCUCCGGACAUGUGGUGACUGCCAUUCGUUUAUGAAAUUUGUCUCCAGUGUUGCCCAGCGCAAAAUUAUUCUUCGAGAUGGAAAUAGGUUCCACCAUUUUCAAGAUGGUUUGUGCUCUUGUGGUGAUUAUUGGUGACCUUGGUGGCUAAGAAGAAACCUUGAUUUCUAACUAGUUGGGAGAGUGCAAUGACAAUGUUUCAUAUUAGAGGGCACAAUAAUCUCUUCAAUUCCAAAUUCCAAUUAAAGCCCUUUUUUCAUGGCCAUAAAUGGAUGAGAAGAGUUCCAGAUAUGAUACCAUAUAUUUAAUCUCACAGGAAAUGUAGUUGUCACUGCCUAUUGAUGUUCAGAGGACGGUUCUGCUAAAUGUCAAAUUUCAAUUUUAUAGAUACGUAGGAGGUUUAUUC